ACUCAUUCAGCCCAUUCUGAAUGGAGAGUGUUUAACGUGAGAGAAGGGGGACUUAACUUCCAACGAGGCAAUCAUGAGAGUUCUCAUCUGUGCCUUCCUGACCGUGCUGCUCUCCCUCCCAGGCCCCUGUCAUGGAGAUUCCUACUUUGGAGACAGCUUUUGCAAACUGCAACUCUUUCAAGACAUCUCCACCUUUGAUCUGUCCCUACAAAUCAAGACGAGUCGGAGGAGUGGCCUUCUGUUCCUGGCUGCAGGAAUAGAGGACUACCUCUUCCUCGAGCUGCUUAAUGGGAAAUUACAGGCCCGGAUGAACAUGGGGGACGAUGAGGUCUUACUGACUUCCUCUGACGAAGUACAGCUUAACAAUCUCAAGGACCACAAACUGUCACUGACUUUGCGUGACGGCACACUCAGCAUGGCAAUCGAUGGUCACUUUCAAGCGUUCGUCUCCACAAACCACAAUGGAGAGCAGCUCAACAUUGAUCAGGGUGUGUGGCUCGGAGGAACAGGAGACUUGGACGCCACCUACCUUAGCAAUGCCAUUCCCCCAUUCCGUGGCUGCAUGACUGACAUAAAGUUUGUUUCACACCAGUUUGACAUCCUCGGUUCUGUGUUUAGAGAGUGCCAAGACACAAAGGAAUCCUGUGUCAGUGAGUUUGAGGCGAACGAUGGGGAAGCAACAAGUUUCAGUACCCCUGAUUCCUUUCUGUCCUUCCCUACAUGGAGUGAGCUUGCUGGGGCUAAAAGGUCCUUGGAGUUCCUGAUGAAAACUACAAUAGAGGAUGCUUUGCUUGUUUUUCACCCUGGCCGAGAAUCAGACUUUAUCGCUAUUGGUGUGGUUAAAGGUUUUCUCAAAGGAAUACUGGACAGUGGGAGUGGUAUUGUAGUCCUUGACAAUACCCAAGUGCAGCUUGAUGAUGAUCAGUGGCACAGAGUUAAAGUUGAGGUCAACCAGAACUCGUUUGUUCUCGUUGUUGAUAGCCAAAUAUCUUCCCAUUCUCUUGACUCAACAUCUAAGCUGGAUUUGGUCGGAAACCUGUAUGUGGGAGGCAUACAGGGAAAAAUGAAAGACCUCUUCCGGGAGAGUGGUUCCUUGAGUCGUUUUGAGGAUGACUUGACAUCUGAGUCCUUCAUUGGUUGCUUGAGCGAAAUUAAAGUCAACCUUAGAGAUCGAAGCUUACAAGAUGCUUUGGUGACCAAAGACGUUCACGUUAAAUGUGAAGGAGACGACUAUGACUACUCGACUUACUAUGACUCAGACUUGACAACAACAUCCACACCUAUCCGCAUUCAGUACACCAAUGUUGAGUUGAAUCAAGAACAAUGCCAUCCAACAGAUGAUGUGCCUGAGAUAUUCAAAAAUAUAACAAAAAUUCUUGCUGUCACCCCGCUGCUAGUACCUUAUGGAGGAGAGGCUUUUCUUGACAUCACAAACUUAAAUCCUACAUUUGAUCUCAGUGCCGCAGGAAUGCAACCGUCUCAAAUCAUCUUCACACUCCUGGCUGAUCCCCUUUUUGGCCUGGUGGAUAUAAAUGUAAACACAAGGGGGACCAAAAAAUUCAGUCUUCUGGAUGUUGUCAACAGUAAGAUUAAAUAUAUGCACGAUGGAACCGUCCUAAGCUUAGAUCAGAUCCGUUUAGAAGUUGUGGUUAAUAGCAACAACAACCUCCCAGAGUGUUUACAAGCUCCUUACAUAUUUGGACUUCCAGUUGAUAUCCGAGAUGAGACAAUGAAAGAAAUUGACAUAGCAAAAAACGGUCGCUCCCGCAUGUCAGUCAUGGAUUUUGAUUUGGAGAAUUACGGUGACUUAAAUAUAACUGUAAGAUUAAGUGAAUUCGGACACUUUGAAAACAGCAAAGAACCAGGAAGAGGGAUCACAGAGUUCACCUCCAGUGACUUAAAAGAUGGAAACAUCUUUUUUGUACACGAAGAGGGUAGCCCCGUGGAAGUUCUCUUUAUGGCAUCAGAUGGAUAUUCAGUAAGCCUGAAUUAUCAUUAUAAGCUGAUUGCGACACAACCACAAAUCAUUGUUGCCAACGAGAAUGCUCCUAUAACACUGGCCCACAACAGACAAGCACCACUUGGAAUUCAGAAUCUGGCCAUUCUACCUUAUCCACAGAAUGGAGAUAUUUUGUUUAAAAUUACGCAACCCCCAAUAUUUGGUGAACUACAAAUUGAGACAGGUGACGGCACGUACAAACAAGUUACCCAUUUUCAUCAGUCUGAUCUGGAGAAAGGCCGCCUCAGAUAUGUUAGAACACAUACUAAUAUUUUAGAGAAAACUGAGGUAGAUAAAAUCUUUUUUGAGGUCAACCUUGGCCAAAGUUCUCUUUCCAACCAAGUUUUGUUAGUCAGAAUUACACCAGAGGAAGAGACAGUGUCAGCACUGGAGCUCAAAGUUGGGGAAAGAAAGCAUAUUGGCAUAAAAGAACUUGACAUUUUCUUGAGUGAUAAAAAUUCAGAUCCAAAUUCUUUUAGAUACAUUGUAGUCAAACCUCCCAGUCUUGGUAGUCUCCAACUGUCUGGUAAAGAGUUGGGUGAGAGAGACAACUUUACUCACAAGGAUCUUUUAGAUAAUAAUGUUAGUUUUAGAGCACCACAAAUAGAUGAACCUAGUUUAGAUAGUUUUGACUUAAGAGUUUUUUCUGAAGGUCAAUACUCUCCUUUGCAUAGCUUCAUCGUAAAAAUCCUUGCCAUGGAAGAUGACAUCACUAUCACCAAUGAAAAUCUGGUUGUUGUGAGAGGUGGUGAGCAGACUCUGGACAAAAGUCACCUUUGGGUGCAGUCGCCCAGUUCCAGAGCUUUUUUGUAUGAGGUCACAAAGGAGCCAAAGCAUGGGCGACUCAUUAGGGACUCCCUUCCAGGAGAGGCAAGAUUUGAAGGGGCCAUUCGAGUUUUUAGCAAUGAAGAUAUUCAACAUAACAGACUGAUAUACAAGCAUGAUGGCUCAAGAACCAGUUCUGAUGAAUUCUACUUCUUAGCAACUGACAAAGGUUCAGACACUAAUGAAAUGGUGGACGGUGUCUUUAAAAUAUCUAUCCAAUUAAAAAAUGAGCAUUCUCCCGUGAGGAUUGUGGACAAAGUCUUCAACGUGGUCCGCCAUGGUCAGCGCCUGUUAACGACAGAUGUCAUUCAGUUCAAAGAUGAGGACGUGGGCUUUAAUGACAGUGGGAUUGUUUUUGCUCGGGAAGGAAUUCUCUCUGGCAACAUUGUCUCUGCAUCAAAUCCAUUACAGCACAUUUUCCGCUUUACUCAAGCUGACCUUAUAGACAAAAAAAUCUUGUUUCUUCACCAUGGAGCAGACGUAGACCGCUUUGCACUACAGGUGUCGGAUGGCAUCCACAAGGCAACUGCCCUGCUUGAGAUUCAGGCCGGUGACCCUUACUUGCAUGUUGUGAACAACACAACAAUGGAAGUUGACUAUGCUGCCACCGAGACCAUUGACACCAUCCAUCUGAGUGCUGACUCCAAUAUGGACAUCAGAGACUACAGUGAGAUUAAAUUCCAGAUUACAUCUCCCCCCAAACACGGCAUUUUAGUUGUGAGUGGCAUUAAGGCCACAGAGUUUACUCAGGAGGAUUUAAGGAAAGGAGUUGUGUCAUACACGCACCAUGGAGAGAGCUCAAGACCAAAUGACUACUUCAAUUUCACUGUUCAAGCCAAAACACUGUCUGAAACAGGAACGUUCAGGAUUAAAGUUAACCAACUUUCCCAUUCCGUGCCUGAGGUAGUAGCCAAUGAGGUCAUCAUUAACUUUGGAGGAGAAUAUACCGGAAUCGACAGUAACAAAUUAAAGGUGCAGGCCGCUGAUAUCCCUCCCACAGAAUUGCAGUAUGUAGUCAAAGAGUUUCCAAAGCUUGGUCAUGUGGUCAACAUAACGACCAGUUCAGAGGGUAAUGUCCUCAACUAUAUCACCUCCUUCACGCAGGACGACAUUGAUCAGGGUCUUAUUGCCUAUGCGUCUUUUGCUAAUCAGGGCAUGGACACUUUCAUUGUGGAUGUUGAGAGUGAUUAUGACAUGCUGAAAAAUGUGAAGAUUGAUAUAGAGAUUGUGCCUCAUAUGAUCCCGGUCCAGGCCUUCAACUUUUCCGUCAAAGAGGGCUUGAGCAGAAAAAUCAACGCGGAGGUCUUAAACAUCUCACAUUCGUUUUACAGCUCAAAAAACAUUGAAUUUCUUUUGGAAGGGCCUCCCCAACAUGGUGACAUCCGUUACCAAGAUGGAUAUCCACUCAUCUAUUUCUCUUGGAGGGAGAUAAUGUCUGGAGAUAUAUUCUACCUCCAUGACAGCAGUGAGACCACAGAAGACAGUUUCACCGUCACCGCCUCCUGUCCUGAGAUUCGACGCAGGAGCCACCCGGUCACCAUCACAGUCACUAUCAUUCCCGUCAACAGCGAGCCGCCCAUACUGAUCCGCAACACUGGCCUGGAGAUUCGAGCCAAUGACAUGGUUGAAAUCACCGCCAACAUGUUGAGCACAGAGGACGAAGACACGCCCCCUGAGGAGCUGAUCUACAACAUUAAGAUGCUGAGCGGUGGGAGGCUGUCCCUGAUGAAGAAGUUUUGGAUGGACAUCAGGAAUUUCUCGCAGGCUGACAUUAAUGAAGAAAGGGUCUUCUUCCUUGAUGAGGAUGGAGAGGCGAGCAGGUUCAGUUUCACCGUAACAGACGGCGAGCACACUUCUCCUCUCUACCAAUUUGAGAUCAGGGUGAAGCCCGCCACCGUCCCCCCGGUGAGACAUAAAGAACUCGUCGUCUUCCCAGGAACGAGGCAGCAGAUCACCAUCUCCAACCUGGGUUCUGUGAGCCACGGGGACAGCAGGGAGGCGCAGUUCUCCCUCGUCCGUUCUCCUCGGCUGGGAAGACUUAUCUUGGCAAACGAAAAGAACCAGUUUGAGGAAAUUAACAGUUUUUCCCAGUCACAGUUGGAGACAGGGGCGGUCUACUACGAGCACCAGCUCCCUACUGAGCCCUUCUGGUUGGUGAGGGAAGAGCUGGAGCUCAGGGUGGCAUCAGAAUCGGCUCCUGACACCCACCACAUCCUGCCCAUCACCAUCUCCUUUUACGCUGCUCACAGCAACAUCACCUCCCAGCUAUGGAGGAACACAGGUUUUGAGGUUGUGCAAGGCCAAAGGAAAACCAUCAACAAGUCAAUCCUUGAUGCUUCCAACCUUCUGACAAUUAUUACGGAAUCAGAAGAAAAGGACGUGCUUUUUGUGAUUAAACGUUUUCCUGAUCAUGGUCGUAUUACCCUCAGUGGUCAGGACCUCCCUCGCAACACCCAGUCCUUCACCCAGGAAGAUGUUUCGCAAGGGCGGGUGGAGUAUCUCCACGAUGACUCCAGGGCAUCAUCUGAUAGUUUCUCUUUCCGGGCCAGUCUAAAGCCUGGAGGUCAAGGGGUGUCCCACCCUGCUGAGAACAUUAUCCUAGAGGAAGUCUUUCACAUCUCAGUCAAACGGCGAGGCUCUGAGCCCCCUGAGCUCGUCACAACAGAUCUUCUGCUGGAAGUUCCUCAGGGAUCCAGGACAGUUGUCAGUCAGGCGUAUCUCAACACACAGGAUGAAGACAGUCCACCGGAUGAGGUGCGCUUCAAGGUAACAAAGGCUCCGACCAAUGGUCAAUUUUAUAACAUACGCACCAUGGAGCCGAUCACUGAGUUCACUCAAGAAAUGGUCAACAAUAACCAGGUGGUUUUCUACAGCGACAACAGUCUGAGAAAUAGUUUUGUGGAAUUUGUUGUGACGGAUGGGGAACACGAAACAGAAAGGUUCACUUUGCACAUUGGCAUCCUGGCUCACACUCUUCAUCUCCACCAAGUCCAAGAGAUCAAAGUCAAGCAGGGUGACGAUGAGACGUUGGUGACUGAGGAGAUGUUGAAGGCCUCCACAAAGGGUGCUGUUGAGGAGGAAAUCCUUUACAAGAUCACAAGUGUUCCAAAAUACGCUGCAGUUAUGGUCGAUCGACAGCCCACAUCUGCAUUCACCCAGAAACUGAUCAGAGAAGGUAGAGUCAGUGUCCGCUUUGUCAAGUCUACUUCCCCUUAUGACACAGUUUCCUUUACAGCCCGCAGCCGGGCUGCAAACGUUUCCUCCAUCCUCAACAUCACUGUGCAACCUCUGGCAAACAUUGCCCAGAAUCCCCUGUUACCCCAGGGGGCGCUCAUCCAACUGGACAGACGACUUCUUGAUGCAAGCCCUCUGGCCAACAAGACACAGACAAUGCCCACAUUCAUUAUCACCCAGCAGCCAAAAGGGGGUAGAUUCCUACAACCUGGGGGUCAGCCUCUGGACUCAUUCAGCCAGAGUGACCUUGUUGAGGGUCGUGUGGCUCUGGAAAUCGAUAGCCCUUCGGAAACAGGAAGUGGUCCUGACCAGGAGGAAGCCCACUUUCUUCUCAAAGCACACGGGGUCCCACCUGCCGAAUGUGUGCUUUCCUUCCAGACAGGCCCCUACAACUCCUCUGGGGUUUACCCUGCCACUUUGCUGAGGGUUCCUGGUGGGUUCCCUCAUAACACCCCACGAACCCCGCGUCUGAGAGGUGACGUGGACUGGGCCUCCGGGGAUGCGCUGACCACAGCAUCAUCUGGCUACGACUCUCAAGGGAAACCUAUAACUCGUCGCAGCAGCAUCUGGUCCAUCCUCAUUCCCAUCCUGGUAGUGCUGCUCCUCUUGCUGUUGGCUGCAAUAUUCGCGUACUACUUGGUUCAUAAAAACAAGACAGGCAAACACAACGUCCAGACCGCGGCCUCCAAGCCCAAAAAUGGAGAGGUGGCCGGCACAGAGACCUUCCGCAAAACUGAUCCAGCCAAUAACAUCUCUAUGUCCAACAUGGGCUCUAAAGAUGCGGACCCUGAGUUGUUGCAGCACUGUCGGACAUCAAACCCGGCCUUGAAAAAGAACCAGUACUGGGUUUGAAACACUUUGCAACCUCUUCAAACCAUUCCUAUCAGUAUUAUAGACUUCUGCAAGAUGAAAAGAAUACUUUGCUCCGCUUUUACUUCUUCUCAGUAUAGCUGUGGACAAAUUCUGAAGGAAACACUGAACAGCAAAAGAGGCAGUUGGGGAUCUUAAAAGGUUCAUGCAAUAUCUAUUUAUUUGAUUUUGUGGUUUAUCAAAGAGCACAAACACAGACAUGAACAUGUCAGAUGUUUGCAACAAUUUCUAGUGGAGUGCUCUAAUAUUAUAGUCAAAUUCAUCUACAAACAUUAACCAGAAUAGGUAGCCUUGAUCCGAUUAGGUUAUUUCUGUUGUUGGUUCAGUAAUUCUGAUAAACUUGUACAUAAGUAAUGAGGUGAAUCUGUUUCCUAUUGACAAGAACAAAAUGAGUCUUUUAAAUGUUGUUUCUCAGGGCUUAAUUCACUCCAAUCAACCAUUAGCAUUCAGUUUUAUGCUAGGCCAAGCUAAUGCUGUCCUGGCUUUCACAGAUCACACACAGAAAAAAAGAUGUCAUCAAUCUUCAUAAUUUUCAUUUUGAGUAAGUAAGCUUAAAGCUAGCUUACUGGUUAAUAAAAUCAUAGCCAAGCUUAACUUCUGCUAACUUACAAAGUGGAGCCCACAGGCAGAAAUGUACAAAGUUCUUUUACAAACCUGAAAAUAGUGACGUCACCAGUAGAAAACGCCUUACCUCCGGCUCAAGUCAAAUGAAGCCCAUUUAGUCGCCAUUUUUCCGCGACACGGGAGCCGCCAUUUGGAGCCAGCGAUUGUCGAGUCUGUCCUGUAUGUCUUAACAGUCAAUGAUACAGACUCAGAAGCAAUAAAUAAAGCUCCACAGGUAACAUUAAAGUACUGAUGUCUAUUCAUUAUUAUAUGCAUUUCCUUUAUGAGCUAAAUAUGGUGUUUAUUUGAAAUCCUCUUAUUUCUUAAACUCUAUUUUCCUUGCUAAAAAUAAAAAUUUCCAGUGCCAUAAAUGACAGUCCCAUUCUCUAAGUUUCAGAUAUAUAUAUAUAUAUAUAUAUAUAUAUAUAUAUAUAUAUAUAUAUAUAUAUAUAUAUAUAUAUAUAUAUAUAUAUAUAUAUAUAUAUAUAUAUACAUAAUUGUUGUUAUUUCUGCUAAUUAAACUAGGUCAUUGAAGUAACCAAGAUGUAAAGAAAAGAUGUAAAGAGAUUGUUUAAGCUUUUUUUAUGCUGUACACCUUUUUUUUUUUUACUUUUUAUCAUUUUUGGAAAUUUAAGUAUUCAAUAUUUUAUACUAACCCCCUUUCUUUGAUCUUUAUGUUAUAUUCUUUGCUUUGUAACAAAUGUAGACAUUUAAUAGAGGGAACAGAGCUCAGCAAAUUUCCAGAUGUUCUGCAGAGAAGAGGUCAAACUGAGCUUUCUCCUCCAGAAAUCCCUUCUGUGCACAUUUGAUAUUUUCAACAUUUUUCUUUUUGCUUUGGUGACAAUAUAAAAUAAACGCCGGCACUUUUUGCCAUGUUAGUCUCGUCUGUUUGAAGUGCCAAGCACUUAUCUCAAAUGUAAGAUAGGUAGGAAAAUCCAGUGGGAUUUCAACGUCAAAGGCAGGAUGGAUCCAUCCUCUCAUGUUUAUGUGACAAAUUCUGACUAGAAUCUGAUAUUUUCAACCUCUCGUAAACAUCAGGUGGGUUGAAGUGACCUCUUUACAGCUGACAGGAGUCUGAUCUGCAGCCGGGGCCAAUUUGCUAAAAGGUUUUUAGUCUUAUGUGCAAACAGAGACAAACAUUUUGUUUUGAAAUCUACUCUUAGCAAAGAAUAUCUUUAGCUCAGUAUGAACCUGUAAAGUGCAUGGUUGUGAACAUGGACGCUCAUUCACUUCUCAUUUUUCAUUAUUUAUUGCUUCAGUCUCCCUAAUCUACAUUUCAUAUCCAGUUUCUAGUCUUUUCUGUCAAAUGCUGGUUCCUUUUUGUAUUAAUUCAUGUCAAAUGAAUAAACAGCUAAAGCUUUAAAGCUGCUGUACAUUUGUAUGUUUGGUUUAGGCCUUUUGGAAAUAAACAUUUCCUGCAACACA